ACCAUUUUCAUCAAAACCAAAACCAAAACCCAAAUUCGCUUUCGCUCUAUUCUCUCUUCUUUGGUUUUGGAUGAUGUUCAUACACUUUUUUCUUUUCUGUGAAUUAAAAUAAUGUGCGAACAGCAGCAGCAAGUGACGUUCAUGGAGAUGAGUAAAAACAAAGGCGAUCAUCGAAGCAGGAGAAGAUGUAUGGAGGAAGGAAGGGUUAGGGUUGAUAUGAGUGGCAUGUCACUGGAUUCCUUUCCAUUUCUUUCUCUAAACUUGGCUACUAUCUCCAACUUAGACCUCUCCAAUAAUAAUCUUGAGAGCAUACCAGAGUCAUUGACCGCCAGGUUACUAAACGUGGUGGCCUUGGAUGUGCACUCCAAUCAGCUUAAGUUUCUACCAAACUCCAUUGGUUGUCUGUCUAAGCUCAAGAUUCUCAACGUCUCCAGCAAUCUUCUCCGUACUCUCCCUAAAACGAUUGAGAACUGCAAGUCCUUGGAAGAAUUGAAUGCUAACUUCAACCAGCUUAGCGUGCUGCCAGACACUAUUGGAUUUGAGCUCAUCAACCUCAAGAAACUGUCAGUCAACGCAAACAAGUUGGGUUUCCUGCCUCAAUCCAUCUCUCACCUCACAUCCCUACGAGUUUUGGAUGCACGCCUUAAUUGCCUCAGGUUUCUUCCCGAGGACAUGGAGAACUUGAUCAACCUAGAGGUUCUCAACGUAAGCCAAAACUUUCAGUGCCUUGAAAACUUACCCUAUUCCCUCGGCCUUCUCGUUUCCCUUGUGGAAUUGGACGUCAGUUACAACAAAAUAACAGGUUUGCCUGAUUCCAUUGGCUGCUUGAAGAAGCUCCAGAAGCUUUGCGUGGAAGGAAACCCCCUGGUUUCACCACCCAUGGAGGUGUUUGAGCAGAGCUUGCAGGCGGUUAAGGAGUACCUGUCUGAGAAAAUGAAAGCCGGGCAAAGCCCCCCAAAGAAACAAUCAUGGGUGGGGAAGUUGGUGAAGUGUGGGACCUUCAAUGGCAAAAUAGGUGGCCGGCCGCGGGGGGAGAGAGAGGGGUUCAUCAUGAUAUCCGAAUAUAGGUCCAUCGAGGGUCUCGCUUCGCCUCGCUACAUGGGGUUGUUGUCACCUCGCCGACUCUUCUCGCCUCGUAAGUACUUGACCAAAUGAGGAAAUUUUGAAAACCAAACUUUGGUUUCUUUCUACUUCUUAGCAUAUAUGUUUGCUUUGCUGUUUUAAGUGAAUUUUAGUAUAGAGUAAUGUCUGUAUAUGCAUGAAUGUGAUGGUAAAUGAUGAACCGCACGUAUGUCUCAUGUAUGUGGGUUGAAGUUUAGCUUGCUUGACUUUGAGUGCUCUCUUGGUCUGUACAUAAAUGUAAUGUCUUGUUUGCAAAAUAUUUGUUGUCAUGUGCCUAAUACGUUUACUUAAUCCAAUAUUUUUGUUUAAAUUUA